GGAGCUCCAGCUGUCUUUGGUCUGUUCUUCCAUACUUACCUCAGACGUUUGGCUGAUACUUCUCUCUCUCUGUCUCUUCGCAGAGCUGGCAGGGAGAAGAAGCCAUAAAGCUACUUGUUCUACCUCGGGUCCAUCUGAGUGCUCUGGACAUCCUGGAGGCCACAAUCCUAGCAUGUGGACCACGUCUUCUGCCAUUCUGUACAGUGAUUUGCAGGUUAUUCCCACAACUUCUCAGUUCCUGGGCAGCUGUCCGAGGGGCAGGAGGAAUACCACCCGGGCAAGAGAGACCCUACAGUGCCCUCCGUGGAGCGGUGUACCGCGUGCUGGAACGAUGGGUAACCAUGUGUGGGGUUUCUUCUGGGAUUUUGCAAGGGAUGUCCCAUCACUCUGACGUCUUACUGGCCCAUAUUCUAACUGAUAUCAAUCCACCCACAGACAAUGUGAAGAUAUCAGGAUUUGUGCAGCUUGGAGCAAAGAAGCAGAAAGUUUCAGAUAUGACAAAUGGAGAUUUCCAGAGUCACAGGAAGAAAGAAACUACCGCAAACACAGAGCUGUGUAUAGCGGCCUUGAGGGGCCUUUGCUCCAUUGUUCUAUAUGGUGGGUCACUGAUAAAGGAUGAUACACAUCGGCGCCUUCAAGAGUUCUCCAUCCCCUUACUGCUGCGUCUACAGCAAGGCUCCGAUCAGUGGGUUGGCCCAUACAUCAGCAGUGACUGCCGCAAGCAACUUUAUCGGCUGCUUCUGUCCCUGAUCUUGACUCCAAGCCCUCGUCUGCCUGCACCUCUGCACUGUGCUGUCAGGAUCUUUAGAGGGGGUAUAACAGAGGAGAGCCUUCAGGUGUCCAUGUUCUGUGCAGAAGCCCUUGCCAUUUGCCGGGUCAUCAUUCACCCCCGUGUUCCCACCCUUCAGCGCCCCCUUCCACAGCACGGACCUCGUCCACCUCUACAGUCUGAGAUACCCACCCAGCGACUUCCUGUUCCAGCUCGUCCACUUACAUUCCCAGUCCCACCUCCAGCCAAUCACCUUCCAGUCAGAACCCCAGUUCCUCCACAGCCCAUAGAGCCCCCAGCUGCCUCAGCAGUGCAGUCCCCUCCAGAGACUUUGGGAAAGACUCCGCGGCCAGUCUUUGUUCACUAUGAGAAAGAAGAAGCUUCAGAUGUGGAGAUUUCUUUAGAGAGUGAUUCAGACGACAGCGUCGUAAUAGUACCUAAAGGCUUCCUCCAGAAACCAGCGAUGAAAUCUGAACCUUCCCCACCUUCCGCCAAGCCCCCUGCUGAAGAGACAGCGGAGGUUCCCACCACACACAAUGCCCCAUCACCGAACACAACAGCACUUCCGCAACAAGCACCACCACCUCUUGCAUGCUCAAUUCCUGCUGCUCCGCAGAUGCCAGUCGCCACUGAAGCACCCGCACCUUCCCUUCCUCCCCCUCCUCCUCCUCUUCCUCCUCCACCACCCCAGUCAGAGGGCGACAUGGUCAUCAACAUCAACAGCACUGAUGAGGAAGAGGAGGAAGAAGAUGAAGAGAUGUAUGAUGAGGAUGAAGAUGAAUAUUAUGAAGAAGACGACGACGAC